AUGCUGGCCAAGUCUCUCUUCUUCAUCUGCGCGGCGGCCACAACAGCCCUUGCAGACAACAACCUCCAAUUCAUCUACGACACUUCUUCUUUCUCUGCCAUCCAAGGCUCUGGCAGUGGCGCCACCGCCGGCUUCGCCAUUGGCGAUAACGACGGAAACGUUUUCUACAGCAGUUCCGAUCCUGGUGGCUACUCUCCCUGUAUGUCAAACAGUGAGAAGAUCGAAGUCACUUCCGACUGUUGGGACGGCACCUGGACUUUUGGAUGUACUUCCAAAUUCGAUGGCAACCCCAAGGAGUGUUCUGCCUUUGCCCCCGAUAGCACGUACUACUCUGGAACUGCCAAGUCCAGUCUGUCAUUCAUUGGAAUUGCCGCUGGGUCUGAUGGCUCCUGCAGUGGAGGUUUCUAUGCCGCUGAUCAGAGCUGCUCUUCUGACAGCACUUUCACGGUCACUAACCGUUAUCGUGGUGACUACUCCGGCUAA